CAAAUAUAUAGUAUAACAAUGAACUCUGUGUUUAUUGAAGGACAGUGAGAAGAUGAGUGAUCCAGAACCCUGCAGAAUUAAACAGGAAGAGACUGAAGAACUAAUAGAUGUGAUUGUAAAGGAGGAGAGUGAAGAGCUGAGUGAAGAUGAGGAGAAACAUCAUGUCAAAAGUGAAACCAACACUCAAUCAGAGACUGAACAGAGUAUUUUUAUGAACAUAACAGCCUUGAAUGGUUUCAUUUGCAGUCAGUGUGGAAAGAGUUUCAAGAACAAAUACACUCUCAAUGAUCACAUGAUGAUCCACACUGGAGAGAAACCUUACAAGUGUUCACACUGCGACAAGAGCUUCAGUCAUUCAGGAAACCUGAGAAAGCAUGAGAGGACUCACACUGGAGAGAAACCGUAUCGCUGCAUUGUUUGUGGGAUGAGCUUCACACAAUCAUCUUCUCUUCAAAGACACACAAAAAAGAUUCACAAUGUGAUUGUAAAGGAGGAGAGUGAAGAACUGAGUGAAGAUGAGGAGAAACAUCAUGUCAAAAGUGAAACCAACACUCAAUCAGAGACUGAACAGAGUAUUUUUAUGAACAUAACAGCCUUGAAUGGUUUCAUCUGCAGUCAGUGUGGAAAGAGUUUCAAGAACAAAUACACUCUCAAUGAUCACAUGAUGAUCCACAAUGGAGAGAAACCUUACAAGUGUUCACACUGCGACAAGAGCUUCAGUCAUUCAGGAAACCUGAGAAAGCAUGAGAGGACUCACACUGGAGAGAAACCGUAUCGCUGCAUUGUUUGUGGGAUGAGCUUCACACAAUCAUCUUCUCUACAAAGACACACAAAAAAGAUUCACAACCUGAUUGUAAAGGAGGAGGAGGAGGAGGAAAGUGAAGAAGUUAUUGAAGCCGCGACGGUCCUCCAAAGCGUUCAUACAAAGGAGAAACCACAUUCAUGCUCUUGGUGUGGAAACAGUUUUGCACAUCAGGCACAUUUAAGAGAACACGAGAGGAUUCACACUGGAGAGAAACCAUUCACAUGUCCUCAGUGUGGGAAGAGUUUCAGACACUCCUCAUCCUUUACUCAACACAUGAUGAUCCACACUGGAGAGAAACCACACGCAUGUGAUCACUGCGGCAAAACAUUUUUGAGGCCUUCACAGCUGAAGAAACAUCUUGGAGUUCAUAAAAGGAGAAGACAGAUUCAUGUUCUCUGUUAGUAAAGAGUUUUACACAUAUAAACGAUAUUCACCUUCCUGAACACUCUAGUAUGCUUUCGUCAAACAUCUGAUUUGAUAGUUUGGCAUGAUGAUGCAUCCUCAUUUUGGGUUGUAUGGCCUUAAUUUAUAAAUCUCCUCAAAUGUC